AUGGCUCUUGGAGGACAAGACGUACCUCAACUGAAACUUGAGGCUGCUUUUGGGUUUAACGGUCAUGUGUUUUCUGGCCUGAGAGUCCAUCCAGACAGAGAACACCUGAUCUAUCCUCUGGGAUGCACAGUCAUACUGAAGAAAAUCGAGGAUGGCAAGCAGGAGUUCCUACAUGGACACACAAACAAUGUGUCUUGUAUUUCAGUGUCCAAAAGUGGAUCAUAUAUUGCCUCGGGACAAGUCAACUUCAUGGGGUUUAAGGCUUCAGUAAUUAUCUGGGACUAUGCGCAGCGAACAGUCUACGCCGAGCUGCUGCACCACAAGGCUAAGGUGGAGGCGCUCGACUUCUCUCCCAAUGACAAAUACCUGGUGUCCCUUGGGGGUCAAAGUGAUGACAGUAUAAUUGUAUGGAAUAUUGAGACCAAGCAGGCCAUCUGUAGGAGUCCAGCUACAACCCACAGUUCUGGUCGCUGCCUCACUGUACAGUACUCAAACACAAAUGACAAUAUCUUUGUUUCUGCUGGGAGUGGAACAUUGCGAGUUUGGGAAUUAGAUCCCAACAACAAGAUCCAGCCUACAGACUGUAAUAUGGGCCGGCUGAAGAAGAUGACAAUGAAAUGUUUGGAGAUUUCAGAUGACGAUCAGUUCAUUUUCUGUGGCACUACAAGUGGAGAUAUCAUGAAAACUUCCUUUAAGACCAGGAAUCUGAUUGACUGUGGUCCAGCUAAAACAAAAUACAGCCUGGGUGUCACUGCCUUAAAGAUGUUGAAGUCUGGGCACCUGCUUGUCGGCUCCGGGUCUGGCACCUUCACUCUGUGUUCCGGGACCAACUUCAAAGUUCUUAAGGAAGUCCAGCUGGAAAAGGGGGUGACCUCCAUCGCUUUAAGAGGAGAGGGACAGCAAUUCUUUGUUGGCACAGAGUCUGCUCAGAUGUACCGCUUCAGCUAUGACAACUUCAAAGCUGAACUCAUAGCCAGCAGCCACAAUAACGCUGUCAAGGACGUCGCCAUCCCUUUUGCAACUUCAGAAUUAUUUGCCACCUGCGCUGAGGGCGACAUCAGAGUCUGGCACAUAGACAACCCGGUAGAGCUGAUGCGCAUCACUGUACCCAACGUAACCUGCAAUUCCGUGGACUUCAUGUUGGAUGGACGUAGCAUCAUCAGCGCGUGGAAUGAUGGUAGCAUUCGCGUGUUUGGACCAAAAAGUGCCCGGCUCAAGCUCAUCAUCCACGAUGCUCACAGGAUGGGUGCGACUGCAAUCGCUGGCACCAGAGACUGCAGGAGGAUCGUCAGCGGAGGGGGAGAGGGACAGGUGCGUGUUUGGGAGGUGCAGCAUCAUAGCCGUCCUUUGCCGGAGAUCAUGGCAAUGCACAAAGCCACAAUCACUUGUAUCAAAAUCAAGAGGAACGACAAAGAGUGUGUCACCGCCAGCUCUGAUGGCGCCUGCAUCAUCUGGGACCUUGUGCGAUUUGUGAGCCUUCAAAUAAUUAUCACCAACUCACAGUUGCAGACCGUGUGCUACCAUCCAAAGGAAUACCAGAUCAUCACCAGUGGCCCCGACAGAAAGGUUGCCUACUGGGACGUUUUCGACGGCUCUGCCCUCAGAGAAUGGGAGGCCUCGCCAUCUGGGGCCAUCAACGGCAUGCACAUCUCGCAGGACGGAAAACACUUUGUGACAGGUGGAGAAGACAAGCUGGUCAGAGUGUGGGACUACAUGGAAGGCGUAGUGACCCACGUGGGGAUAGCUCACGGCGGCACCAUCACCAGUGUGAAGAUCUGCGACAACAACAGCACCUUACUCAGCACCAGCGCAGACGGAGCCGUUCUCCGGUGGAAGUUUCCUCACCCGCUGUCCUCUUAA